UUAUUCAAGCCAUUGUUUUGAUGUGCAGUGUUCAGUUUGUUUGAAUGUUUGUACAAGUUUUGGUAAUGUUGAGUUGUUAUUUUAAAUUAUAACAUGACGUUCUUUACAUUAUUAUUAUUCACCAUUCAUAUUAUUAGUUCAACAGUGGCAAGUCUUCAAUGCCCUUAUGAAUGCCAACCGAAUGAAGCGAACCAAGAAGUACAUUGUGUUGAAAUAGAUUUGAAGGGAGGAGGAGUUUCUUAUACUAAAAUGUUCGGAUGCGCAAUGAACGAAUUAAAAUGUUAUGCAGGGAAUGAAGCUACACUGACAAGUGUUGAAAUGUCAUUGUGUACUCCAUCAAAGAGGGUGAAAAGAAGCGAUCCAAAUGAAAAGAAUGUUAUUAAAAACAUAAAAACGGAAGCUGAUGAUUACCAAGUUACAGAAAGCAUGAGAAGCCAUAAUGAAAGGUGCCCUUUGACAUGCCCUCCCAGCGAAGAUAUGGUGUGCAUACGUUUCCACGAUGGCGUCUAUCGCACCUUCAUGAGUGACUGCUACAUGCGGAUGUACCAAUGUCAUUACCCUGAUCAAAAGAUGGAGCUGGUUAAGCGACAUGCAUGCUACGGCUCAGCACCCUACAUGAUGUUUGAAAGCAAGCAACAGGAAAAUGCCAAUGCGCUUCAUGACGAGGACUUGGAUAAGGGUGCCAAGAAAAAAAAUUGGAUGGCUCUGGCAGCUGUAAUACAUGAACGUGACUAUUGGACGCGUCACCAUCAAACGCCUAGAACUCCAAAACCCACAGUGCACGUAACUUGGCCAUCAAGACGUACUAAAACGAAAUCGACAACCACAAUGCCGCCUUCAACAAGCAAACCACUCACGAAGGAGUCUACUACACCCAGCCGUGCUAUGGCCAAGGAGGCUAGCGUGACCACUAGUACACAAGCCACCAGUACCACCAGUAAACAAGCUACAACUUCAACAACCAGUCCGGUGAAAAUGAAAGAGGAUGUUGAUGCUGUAGAUGAUGUGGAAAGGAUAGACGUCGACAUAUGUCCAAACGAUGAAGAUCAAGAUACUCCCGUUGAAGUACCAGAUACCUGCAGUAAAACUAGCAUCAAAUCGCCCACUAGUUCAGACUACAUGAAAGUAGAUUUGCACCCAGACAUCAUAGAAGACGGUUCACCAGUCUGGAUGGUAUUCAAUGGAGGCAAGAAAAUAACGUCCAAAAUACGAGCGGACGCUGGCAUGGUGGUCGGAUGCGAUGCGUAUGCGGGCCUCGACUACUAUGGGAAUGUUGUUGUUAGGAACAAAGCCGAUAAUGACUUCUUUGGAUUUGUGUUUGGCUAUCGCAGCAACAGCCAAUUCUACCUGGUGACAUGGAAAGCGAAGUCAGACAAGUACUGGAUAGGUUACCCCUACGUGGUGACAGCCGACGCCGGUCUCCACAUUAAAGUUGUGAAUUCUUCGACUGGCCCCGGCGCUUUUCUGAGAAACGCUCUUUACAGCACCGAGUCCAUUAAAGACCAGGUGACACUUCUUUGGCAAGACCCGAAGAAACAAGGCUGGAAGCACUUGGUACUAUAUUCCUGGCAACUCCUCCAUCGGCCUCACAUAGGCCUCAUCCGUGUCAAAGUGUUCAGAGGCGGCAAGCUCAUAGUGGACUCUGGAAACGUCUAUGAUAAAACUAUUAAGGGAGGCAGGAUUGGAGUCUAUGCGUUUUCGCAGGAAAAUAUCGAGUGGACGAAAAUGAAAUUCGUGUGCAAUGAUAAAGUUCCAACGAACCUGAUGUCAGAACUCUCUCCAGAUUUGCAAAAGAUAUCAGUCGCAGACAGCACGUACACAUGGAAUAACAUAAGCUGGCCAUAAUAAACAUUAUUUUUUUUUGUA